AAGAGCAUAAACAGCGGCUCCGCACUUCGCUGGCCCGCCGUCUCGACGCCUCUCUGCUCCCGCUUCAGCCAGAAGCGCUCACCGCUGCUCAGUCAGGUCCAAACCCGUCCGUUACAACCCUACGCGUCCAGGCAGGAUGGCAGCGCACCACCCAGAGUUUGAUCGGGCCGGACAGAAGCCGGGCCUCCAGGUGUGGAGGGUGGAGAAGUUCGACCUGGUGCCAGUCCCAGAGAACCUGUACGGGGGGUUUUACACCGGAGACGCCUACCUCAUCCUCAACACCAUUAAACAGCGCUCCGGGAACCUGCAGUACGACCUCCACUUCUGGCUGGGUGAUUUCUGCACUCAGGAUGAGAGCGGCUCGGCGGCCAUCUUUACUGUCCAAAUGGACGACUUCCUCGGGGGGAAACCCAUCCAGUACCGCGAGGUCCAGGGACACGAGUCCAAAACCUUUCUGGGCUACUUCAAGUCUGGAAUCAAAUACAUGAAAGGGGGCGUGGCGUCUGGGUUCAAGCAUGUCGUCACCAACGAGGUGUCUGUGCAGCGGGUGCUCCAGGUCAAAGGUCGCCGUACUGUCCGGGCAACAGAGGUGCCGGUGAGCUGGGAUAGCUUCAACCAGGGAGACUGCUUCAUCCUGGACCUGGGAGAUGAGAUUUUCCAGUGGUGUGGCUCCCAGAGCAACCGCUUUGAGAAGCUGAAGGCUACACAGGUCGCCAAGGGUAUCCGUGACAACGAGCGCAGUGGGAGAGCCAGAGUGUAUGUCUGUGACGAGGGGAUGGAGAGAGAGAAGAUGUUAGAGGUUUUAGGCCCCAAACCAGAUCUGCCUGUCGGAGCCUCGGACGACAUCAAAGCUGAUGCCUCAAACAGGAAGAGGGCCAAACUCUACAAGGUGUCCAAUGCCAGCGGGGGCAUGACCAUCACACUGGUGGCAGCAGAGAACCCCUUCGCCCAGAGCGCCCUGGAGUCCGGUGACUGCUUCAUUCUGGACCACGGCGCCGACGGCAAGAUCUUCGUCUGGAAAGGCAAAGACGCCAACAUGGACGAGCGAAAGGCGUCCAUGAAUGCAGCGGAGGAGUUCAUCAAGAAGAUGGGUUACCCCAAACACACGCAGGUGCAGAUCCUGCCAGAGAUGGGCGAGACGCCGCUCUUCAAGCAAUUCUUCAAAAACUGGCGGGACAAAGAUCAGACAGAGGGCCUGGGCAUCGCCUACAUUGCCAACAGCAUCGCCAAGAUCGAGAAGGUGCCGUUCGACGCCGCCACCCUGCACGACUCCGCCGCCAUGGCCGCCCAGCACGGCAUGGUGGAUGACGGCAGCGGAGAGAAACAGAUCUGGCGUAUUGAGGGAGCGGACAAGAUGCCGGUGGAUCCGCCCACAUAUGGACAGUUCUACGGAGGAGACAGCUACAUCAUCCUGUACAACUACCAUCACGGAGGACGCCAGGGACACAUCAUCUACAUGUGGCAGGGAAUGGACUCCAGUCAGGAUGAGAUCGGGGCCUCAGCGAUCCUCGGCGCUCAGCUGGAUGAGGAGCUCGGCGGCGGUCCUGUCCAGGUUGUUGGUGCUCCUAUAACCACUCAGGUGAGGGUGGUGCAAGGGAAGGAGCCGGCCCAUCUGAUGAGCCUGUUUGGAGGACAGCCCAUGGUGGUGUACAAGGGGGGAACUUCCAGAGAAGGAGGUCAGUCCGCUCCUGCAGAGACACGACUCUUCCAGGUGCGGUCCAACUCUGCGGGACACACGAGAGCCGUGGAGCUUGAUGCAGUGGCAUCCAACCUGAACUCCAAUGACGCUUUCAUUCUGGUGACCCCUGGAGACUCCUUCAUGUGGGUGGGAGUGGGUGCCAGCGACACAGAGAAGCAGGGAGCUCAGCAGUUAUGUGACAUCUUGGGAGUGUCGGCCUCCGAGCUGUCUGAGGGAGGAGAGACUGAUCAGUUCUGGGAGAUCCUAGGAGGAAAGACAGAAUAUCGCACUUCUACCAGACUCAAGGACAAGAUGGACGCUCAUCCACCCAGACUCUUCGCCUGCUCCAAUAAGACUGGAAACUUCAUCAUUGAGGAGGUACCCGGGGAGAUUACCCAAGACGACCUUGCCACUGAUGAUGUCAUGAUCCUCGACACCUGGGAGCAGGUGUUUGUGUGGAUCGGAAACGAGGCCCAGGAGGAAGAGAAGACUGAAGCCAUGGCAUCUGCGGUCCGUUACAUCGAGACAGAUCCAGCCAACAGAGACCGCAGGACGCCCAUUGUCAAGAUGAAGCAGGGCUUCGAGCCGCCCACCUUCACCGGGUGGUUCCUGGGCUGGGACCACGACUACUGGACCAGCGACCCUCUGGAGCGUGCUAUGGCUGAGUUGGCCCUGUGAGCUUUCCUCCCUGUCAGCCCUGACCUUUCACCCUGCUGCUCCACCGCAAGCACCGAGCUCCAACCAUAAAGACUUUUUUAAGCUUCGCCCUGAAAAUGAGUAAUUUCUCUUUUUUUUUUUUACAUUUUGUUGUGCUUUUAAAAGGGACAGACGUCUAUAAAGCAGUAUUUUAAUUCAACCAACCAAUAACAGUAGAGCUUUAACAGAUACACAGGCUUCCUGUAGGGUUUUGCACUAAAUAGUCUAGUUCUAUGACUGUUAUUGAAGGCAAUCUUUCUCAUUUAUUUCAUAUUUUGACAAUAAAGCCUUUUCACUAGUGAAAUGUAAUAACAGCAAACAUAUAGCAAGUUUAAAGCCUUGGUGUCAGCAUUGGAAAAGUCACUGCCAAGCAAACACUGCUUAUUAAAAGCAAUACAACCAAUGCCUUAAUAUUCUUUCCUCUAGUUUACAGUUAACCUGUUCAACUUUGAACCUUUUUAAAAAGGUACUGUUCUAGUAUAAGAAUGCCUUUAUAGACAAGUUGUUUGUACCUUCAGUUUAGAUGUCACUUAUAUUUAUUAUUUUUUUUAAAUGCCAGAUUUAUGCCCAGGAAGCUUGUGUGAUGCUACAGUGGGAAACCAAUGCUUUGCUGCUUUACCAACCAGUUAGGUCUUCUGUGACACUUUGAGGUUUCCCUAAGGCUUGUUAUCAUUUCAAUAAAACCUAAUUAAACAUG